CGAGUCUUCAGUGUCGCGUGAUCCUUCAGAAAUCACGCUUUGAACAGGCCUGGGCACUGCAGGAAGUGAUGUGCGUCUCCUCCUUCCGCGCGACACGCCCAGCUCAGGAAAGCGCCUUUUUAACGCCCUGGGAUCGGUUCAGAUAUGUCCUCAUUAAGUGGAAAAUCUGUUAAGGAGCUCAGUCAGCUGCUGAAUGAAUAUGGCAUUAACCAUGGACCCAUAGUAGAAUCCACACGGAAGCUCUAUGAAAAGAAACUGAUUGAAGCCAUGGCCAAAAAAGCUAAGCCUUCCUCGCCUGACAAGACAUACUACCGGGAAGAACAGGAGGAAGUUGAAUAUGUUACCUAUCAUCAGCCCCAGCCACAAUUGACCAGACACGAUGGAUCUGGUGAUGUCACAAGGAGGUCAAAGGUCACCGAUGCAGAUUUUACCCACAACAUACAGAGGUCAAAGCUGACUGAUUACAGAAAUGACGACAUAGGCUAUACCAAUGAGCCAAUUAUCAGCCCAGCUCGUACGUCCUAUCAGAGUUCUUCUCGGCUAGGCCCGUCAGUCUCCACAUCCAUGCAGCGUGGUCCAUCCAGUCCAGACACCAGCAAAUCUGGAGGGGUGCCGGGCUGGCUUCGUGUCUUGGUGUUUCUUAUCAUUGCUGUGUUUCUUUAUUAUGUGUACACAUGCAUGGAGCCUGCAGAGGAGACCCCCUUUAAAAGCGUUCAGUAGAAGAAUGGUGAAGUUUUAAAUAUGUUCAUCAGCCCCAAAUAUAGCCUGGAAUAAGAGCUUAAGAAUUAAUAUUCUAUAUGAGUACAGAUAGUGAAGAUUAGUGCCAGUUGUCGUACAACCAUGAACUUGUGCACAAUGCAUAAAGUUUUAUUCAAAUACUUUUUGCGUUUUUAUAAUUAAACAGGUACAGAUGUGGAAGACUAUCCGUAUUAAGAAAAUUCUGAAUUGUUAUGAUAGUUGGGGCAUUUAAGUCUUUAAAGCUUAUUUUCUUAUGAAUUGUAUGUAAAAUCCUUUUGCUGUGGCAGUGUAUUUAGGGCUUGUGUUCUUGGGACAUUCUGUAGAGCAGUGUUUGCUAAACCAUUUCAGUUUGCUGUUUUCGGUGUUAAACACUCUUAAUCAAUUCUAAGGUGCUGAAUUUAAAACCGAAGAGAUUUGAGCAAUAAAGUUCACAAGGGUGUGCUAGUUUGUGAAUGAUAGUUACAGCUAAAGGCCAUUGUUAGGCACAAUGCAACAACCCUUUCAGCCAAGACUAUAUGCACAAUAGAACAAGCUUUCAGUGCCUCAUUACUAUUAUGGAAAAUUAAGGAUAUAAAUGAAAAAAAAAUGUUUUUAUUAAACAGAUUCAUUACUAUCCUACUACUGCUUACCCCUGACAUGUUGACACUACCAAAAUGCCUUUUUUAUUAUAUAUAUAUAUAUAUAUAUAUACUAUUGAUUUUUUUUUGACAACCAAAAACAAUGUAUGUGUAUCAUUGUUAUUGAUUUGUACUUAGAUACUGACAGCUAUGUGCAAACAAAUGUUUAUUCUAAAGCUUUUCUCAUUUUGCUAAUUAAUUGAACACACACACAAAAAAAUGUUCAAACACUUCUUGAAUUUCAAAUAUGUUUGCUUGAAAAAAUAUACUGUCUUAAAAAAAUGCCUUUGAAAUGAUAUCUAAUAAAGUGACAUUUGUGUAA